AUGUCUCGCAGGGUCGUAUCUCAGACUCUCGCACUCAAAAUUUGGGAAAAGUGUGUGGACGCGGUCAAGGGUGCCAAUGAUGUCGUUGACAUCCCAUUUUCAAACGAUCGAGCCUCUUGGGACACUUUUCUUCAAGGAGUGAAUGACACCCUUGAUCCAUUGCACUUGGCAAUCAAGACAACGCACGUCCAAUCCAAUGGCCAGGAGAUCUGCAUGCUAGUCAAUGCCAAGAGUGAUGAUGUGGCUCAAGUGGCGACUGACUAUACUGCCACUGAAAUUACGUACUUCAAAGCAGUAGUUGAACAAAUUAUGCUUGCGCCUCACGAGUCCUACUCGGUGACUUCCCUGGCUGCCCUGAGAGAGGUCGGGGCACUGAAAAUUAACAUGACCAAGUCUCAAGCCGAGAUUGUAUUAAGUAGUUUUGUUGCAAAUGGUUGGCUCACUAAGAGCAAGCAUGGGCGAUACUCUCUGUCAUUACGGACCCUGAUCGAACUUGAAUCAUAUUUGAGGAACAAUUUCCCAGACGAACUUCUUGAGUGCACCCUCUGCGAAGAGACUGUAACUGAGGGAAUUGCUUGUUAUACUGCAAACUGCAAGGCGCGAUUGCACACCCAUUGUUACGCCAAGUACAAGCGACAAAAGCAGAUUUGCCCUGCUUGCAGUGUGAAUUGGUCUAGCGACGCGAAUCUUCGCAAAUUAUUGCCAAUCGGGGAGGAAGCGUUCAAGACUGGACAAGAGCAAAGCAAGCGGCGCACAAGGCCAGCUACCACAGAAAGCGACGAAAGCGAGGAUGAGAUGGAUAUGGAUAUGUCGCAGCCUACCCAGACACAUACUAACGGAGCGAGUAUAAAUGUCGAUGAAGAAGAAGCUACACCACCUCCCAGAGCACAACGGCGUAUUGUCCGCCGGCGAUGA